AUGAGUAAGAGAGAUCUGAGAAAAUUGAUAGAAGAGAAGGUCGUCCGUGGCUGGGAUGAUCCGCGCCUGUCUACCCUUAAAGCAAUCCGGCGACGAAGUGUGCCCCCAGGACCUCUUCUUUCCUUCAUCCAUGAGUUUGGAGUGACUACAACCCAGUCCUCCAUCGAUGUCAAGCGUUUCGAGCAGUCUAUCCGUCGAGAUCUUGAGAGAACUGUUCCCCGCCUUAUGCUUGUCCUCGACCCUGUCCGUGUGACAAUUGAAGACGCUGAGGAACAGGACCUUGAUAUCCCCUUUAAUUCCAAGGAUUCCAAAAUGGGCUCCCAUAAUAUUCGUCUGACAAGGAGUGUCCACAUCGACCGCUCCGACUUCCGUGAGGCCAUCUCAUUUACCAAGGAUGAGGUAACAGGAGCUGUCUUUGACAAGGACGGUAAGAAUCCCAAGGCAUAUAUACAGUGGGUACCUGAAGGCUCGCCCACAGCUCAAGUUCGUAUUCACACGGCCCCGUUCAAGUCAGAUGACCCCAAAACGGCACCAGGAGGAUUCGUGAACGAUAUCAACCCAGAUAGCGAGACAAUCUGGCCAAAUGCCAUGAUCGAGACAGGUUUCUACCAGGUGCGCCAGCGUGCGCUAUGGCCGGAGGCGGAGGUGAAGAGCAACAAGACCGAUAGACUUGAGCCUGAGAAUAUCCGAUAUCACGCUAUACGCAUUGCCUACUUUGUGAUGCCUUGUUACUGGUUGGUCUGCGACUCGGACAGCACGGAUGAUGGAAUUGUACUCAACCGCAUUGUACCCUUAAAGGAGGAUUCUAACAAGGGCGACUAA